GGUGUGGGACUCCAGACAAAGGAGACAUAUAUACACUGACACUGGAUCUCUGGAGCGAAAGCAGAAGCGGACAGCUGGAGAGCUUCGCUUUCAGCACAGGAGACAACCCCCAACUCCUGGACUACUUUUUGUGUGUGCGUGUGUGUUGUGGAAAACUUUGUGGAAAAAGGGGAUCUUGUUGCGUUUGUCAGCUGUAUGGACCUGUCUGUGAGCGGAGAGAUGUUUGUGUGGGUUCCUUGGUUGCUACAUGCUGCCAUUAGUGUGUAGAAGUGUGUGGAUUAGUAUGUUUGGGAUGGAAAACUGGGGCUGGCAGCUGUGGUCUUAGCUUUACGCCAUGGGGGGUUGCCAUAGUUACCCCUCGGCUACAGAGGCAGACGGCAAGACUCUUCAGCCUUCUGACAUCAGCAAUGAAAAACUGGGAAUUAAUAACAAUAAUCUGGAGGAGCGUCCAUAUCUUCAGCAGCAGCAUGUGUGCCAGCGGAUCACGCACACGGACAUGCUCGCCCUUGCAGCGCUGCCGCCAGGCGUCGACAAGGCUGAGUGGCUUGCCAGCAACACAGUGGCAUUUUUCAAGCAUAUAAACCUGUUCUCCAGUGCGCUGUCUGAGUUCUGCACUCCCAGCACCUGCCCAACUGCGUGCGGACCUGGCAACACGAUUUAUGUCUGGACUGACGACCACGGCAGGAAGCUGAAGUGCUCUGCUCCGCUUUACUUUGACUAUGCCAUGUCAUACAUUCAGGACCUACUCACUGAUGAAGAUGUGUUCCCCACAAAAGCAGGUUCAGUGUUUCCAACAGGCUUUGUCUUUCUGGUCCAGAAAGUGUUUCUGCUGCUGUUCAGGACCCUGGCUCACAUUUACUGGUCCCACUACAGAGAGACACUUGCUCUGGGCCUGCACGCACACCUAAACACACUCUUCACACACCUCACACUCUUCUGCCGGCAGCACGCGCUGCUGGACCCUGAAGACACCGAGCCGCUGCAGGACCUCAUCACCGCUCUGGGACAGCAAGCCUGAACCUAAAGAGCAAACACACACACACACACACACACACACACACACACACAUUUUAAUCACACACUUAUUUACUUGUUAUAGCUGGUUAUAAAGCUAUAGUGUCUCUUACUACUCUGGACCAAACUUCAACUUACUUACUUCACAGUAUGGAUUUUUUUAACGGUCUGGAAGUUGUAAC